UAAUGGCGCGGCGCGCGGGCGCGGCGGGCUCUCGGGCGGCCCAGCGCAGCGGACGAGCCGAGCCGGCAUGUCGGGGACCCGAGCCUCCAACGACCGGCCCCCCGGCGCGGGCGGCGUCAAGCGGGGGCGGCUGCAGCACGAGGCGGCGACCACCGGCUCCCGGGUGACCGUGGUGCUGGGCGCGCAGUGGGGGGACGAGGGCAAAGGCAAGGUGGUGGACCUGCUGGCCACGGACGCCGACGUCAUCAGCCGCUGUCAGGGGGGCAACAAUGCUGGCCACACCGUGGUGGUGGACGGCCAGGAGUAUGCCUUCCACCUGCUGCCCAGCGGCAUCAUCAACACCAAGGCCGUGUCCUUCAUCGGCAAUGGGGUGGUUGUCCACCUACCAGGCUUGUUUGAAGAGGCAGAAAAGAAUGAGAAGAAAGGCCUGAAGGACUGGGAGAAGAGGCUCGUCAUCUCUGACCGCGCCCACCUUGUGUUCGAUUUUCACCAGGCGGUGGACAGCCUGCAGGAGGUGCAGAGGCAGGCCCAGGAGGGCAAGAACAUUGGCACCACCAGGAAGGGGAUUGGGCCGGCCUACUCGUCCAAAGCAGCCCGCACGGGCCUCCGCAUCUGCGACCUCCUGUCGGACUUUGACGAAUUCUCCACCCGGUUCAAGAACCUGGCCCACCAGCACCAGUCCAUGUUCCCCACUUUGGAAAUAGACAUUGAAGGUCAACUCAAAAGGCUCAAGAGCUUCUCCGAGCGCAUCCGACCCAUGGUCCGAGACGGCGUUUACUUCAUGUACGAGGCGCUCCAUGGCCCCCCCAAGAAAAUCCUCGUAGAAGGCGCCAACGCAGCCCUCCUCGACAUUGACUUCGGGACCUACCCCUUUGUGACAUCAUCCAACUGCACGGUGGGCGGUGUGUGCACCGGCCUGGGCAUCCCCCCCCAGAACAUAGGCGAGGUCUACGGCGUGGUGAAGGCCUACACCACACGCGUGGGCAUCGGUGCCUUCCCUACCGAGCAGAUCAACGAGAUCGGGGACCUGCUGCAGAGCCGCGGCCACGAGUGGGGCGUGACCACGGGCAGGAAGCGGCGCUGCGGCUGGCUGGACCUCAUGAUCCUGAGAUAUGCCCACAUGGUCAAUGGAUUCACUGCGCUGGCCUUAACGAAGCUUGACAUCCUGGAUGCCCUGGAUGAGAUCAAAGUCGGCAUCGCGUACAAGCUCGGCGGCAAGCGGAUCCCCUACUUCCCAGCCAACCAGGAGAUUCUGCAGAAGGUGGAGGUGGAGUAUGAGACACUGCCCGGGUGGAAGGCGGACACCACGGGUGCCAGGAAGUGGGAGGACCUGCCCCCGCAGGCCCAGAGCUACAUCCGGUUUGUGGAGAACCACGUCGGAGUGGCAGUGAAAUGGGUUGGUGUCGGCAAAUCCAGAGAUUCGAUGAUCCAGCUGUUUUAGACCAAGACAGAGCUGAUCCCAGCAGGCCACGGCGGGCCCAUCCACGCCAGCAGCCACAGUCGCGUUCCUUCCUCGGCCAGCAGAACCAACGCCGUAAACAGAGAGAUUUGAAAACUCUUGUCUGUACUUUUAUACUUCUCUUUAAGCCUUCAGCUCAACCCACUGAUUUAUACAACAACUUGAAACAUCCAGAAAGCAGUGCUGUGUACAUCUUUAAAAAUCCUGCAGCGCUCAAAACAGAGAACUUUCACGGCACGUGAGUUGUCACGUGGUUGUAUGUCCGGCUGGAGCCGUUUAGUAAUAAACAAAUCCAAUAGCCGCUGAA